CGUUCAAGUGAUUUGUGAUCUUCAAGUGAUUUGUAACUUUGAAACUUCUAGAAAUUACUGAGGAGGCUCGAACGCCUAUAUUCAGCUGUAAACGUCUGUGGCCUUGUAUCUGAUGAGAGGAAGAUUAUAAUCAAUAUUUAAAUCAUUUUGUAUCGUUUGCAUCACUUUAUUCCACAUACAGUGUGUGUAUUUAAUAUUGAAAAUCAAUGCCCUCAUUGAUUUUCAUUAAUAUAAUUAUCGACUCAUUGAUUUUGAUUUUGAUACUCUUAGCUUAAGCUGUAGCUGGCAUGUAUAAUAACUAGAGUAUUUAUUUUUCUAAAGUUGAUGGGAAAUAAUAUCUUUGACAUUUCAUAGAAAAUUAAUUAAUCACAAUAAAUAACACAUAAUUACCGAUAAACUCUUUAAAAACUGUUCGGUAACUUCCAAGCAAAAUGCCUUUUGCACCAGAGUUACGAACUCAUUCUCAAAAAGUGUGCACUCUUUAUAAAGUAGCUAUGAGGAACCUUGAAGCGUACUACGCAGCUAGAAACGUGGUUCGUUAUCAUCAAGUCAUGCUGAGAGCAGAAUUCGACAAAAAUAAAUGUGUUACUGAUCCGAAAGAACAACGUCGUUUACUAUGGGUAGGAGAAAAUGACGUUUUUAUGCAACAAUAUCCACUUCCACCUGCGAAAUUUGCUCGUUCAAUUGGUGUAGCGGGUGGCGUAGCGUAUGCAAGAGUGAUAACGCCACCAGACUGGGUAAUUGAUUACUGGCAUCCUCUAGAGAAGGCUCACUUUCCUGAAUACUUCAGAAGACGCGAAGCACGUAAAUGUGAAUACAUACAAAAAUGGCAUCAAGGCCAGUUAUAUUAA